UUAAAUGUCUCAAAAAUUAUUAUUCACCCUAUGUACAACGCACGUAAAAAAAUUUAUGAUAUUGGAUUAUUGAAGCUCGCGACAAAUGUGAAUAUACAAACAACUGUUGUACCGGCCUGUCUAUGGUUGGAUGAUAAUAUAAGCAUUGCCAAUGUUAAAAUGAUUGGAACAAAUGAAUUUUUUGACACAAAAUCUAUAGUGCAGACCACGAGGAUCACAUUAAAAAAUGCCGAAAAAUGUCAACCAUACCUCAAUUAUAUCUCGGUACUCACUGGAUUCUCACUUACAGUACAUCAGAUGUGUGUCUUUUACGAAUUCGAAGAACACUGGCGAUGGAAAAGUGGACUAGUUUAUGUGGAUUUGAUUUAUGAUAACCACAUUGUUCCAUUUGUGAUUGGAACGGCCUCGUUUGCUCCGAUUGGCGGUUUACAUAGACUGCAUGGAUUUAGCAAACUGUCCAAAUUUGUUGACUGGAUAGCCGAAACCAUGCGCGAGGAAGGGGCCGGUGUAUCGUUUGAGCCGUUGGUUUGUGCCAAGCGUCAUUUAAAAUAUCGACGUCGAAUAAACAGCACAACAUUAGUCGAGCCGAACAUCGCUGUUGACACCACGGUAUUCAUUCACGGCAAUCCGAAUGCACCUCACACAAGGAAUUGUGAAGGAGCACUAAUAAGAAAAGAUGCCGUGAUCACAUUGGCACAGUGUGCGAGAAAUUUAAUGUCUUAUUCUUCCAGAGUUGUUUUAGCCGAUGGGUCAUUCAUUGCGAUUCGAGAUAUCAUUAUUCACCCCGACUACGCGGACGAUUCUCUCUACAGUAAUAUAGCAAUUUUAAAGCUUGUCUCGGAAGCACCUGUUACUCCUAUCGAAAUAGCACCAUAUUAUUCAAAACACGAUAAAAUUACAUUGUACGCCAGUGUGAUCAAUGGUGACCAAUCAAAAAAUAAUAAGUUUUUCUCCGUCGAUGGACAUAACGUGCGAUUCAGUUACGAAUGUAACCCGUCGGAGGAGCAUCAUUCUCGACUUUUGAAAGGAUUGCAUCCUGAACAUAUGUGUCUACAGAACAAUCAUACGCUUGUGCCGGGUAGCUGCGAGGCACACCCAGGUUCAGCUGUAUAUUGGUAUCGUAAUGAUACAAAAUACUUGCUAGGGCUGUACAUGCAUGGGGAAAACUGUGGCUUCGGAGAACAAGCGCUCGGUCUGUAUGUGUAUGCAUACAAUGCAUGGAUCCACUCAGUUAUCGAUACACCAUCGCAACAUUCUCUGGGCUACGUUUUUCCAUUCUUAAAAACAUCGGACGAAUGUUCUUACCCAGAUGGUGCGACAGGUACUUGCGUAAGCCAUAUAAACUGUCUCAAUAUAUCGAAAAGAGCUGGAAAAAGUUUGCCAAUAUUUUACUGCAGUAGCAGAGCAAUUGUGUGUUGUCCUCGACAUUUGGAAGCACAGAAGGAAGAGGAACAUGAAGGAAUAGCGUUUGCUUUGUACCGUACUGUAUAAAACUGUCUUCAAACUUUGUUUGCAAAAAAAAUUGUUUGAAUCUGGCGUAGUCAAACUCUCCAUAUUAAUUUAAUAACGACACUGCACUUGAAAUGUGACGCAACAAAAGAUGCGUAGUCAUGGCUCGGGACAACGUGAAUCCGGUUGACCAUUUUGUUAGCCAAAUAAAACUGUAGCGUUGAUAGAUGUGACUUUCUUAUCUGUAGCACCUCACUUAAAUUUUAGUUCAUUUCAUUUACAGGUUAUUCGCCAUCUGGAAAAAGUUAGCACAACCAGUAAAAAUAUGAACGAUACUGUCUUUUUAAC